AUUAUUUAUUUCUCACCACAAUCUCUCAAACAAGUCAUUUAAGCAUUGCAAACCUUGCUUUAUUACCAAUAGGCUAUACUUAGCUAAGAUGGCUUCACAACGACCGUUCUCAUCAAUGGCCAUCUUUUUAUGCCUUAACCUUUUAUUUUUCACCAUGGUGAGUUCCACUUAUGAUGCCAAUUGUGGCUGCUCAUCACCACCAUCCACCCCAAAGACACCGACCCACCACCCACCAAAGCCGCACAAGACGCCCAAGACACCAAAAACACCGGUACACCCACCAUCAACAAAAGCUAAGUGCCCAAUUGAUGCCCUUAAGUUAGGAGUAUGUGCCAAUGUGUUAGGUGACUUGCUAGGAGCUGUAGUUGGCACACCCCCAAAAUCUCCAUGCUGCCCUCUAAUUCAAGGGUUGGCUGACCUUGAAGCUGCACUUUGCCUUUGUACUGCCAUUAAAGCUAAUGUUUUGGGUAUUCACCUUAAUGUCCCGGUCUCUUUAAGUGUAUUACUUAACUUUUGUGGUAAAGGAGUUCCAUCUGGCUUCCAAUGCCCUUGAUCAGUUUUUAUGGCAUUAUUAUUAUUAUUAUCAAUCAUUAGUAUUUCCAUAUUUCAGUUAAGUUUGUGGAUUCUUUGGCCGCAUUCUUCAUUAUAUAUUUAAAUAGUUGUCGUUUGGCGUCUUUUUUCCCUUCAUGGAUUCUGAUCAUAGUCCCUUUAUGAAUCCUGAUCAUAGUUUCUAUUGACGGGAGACACUUGAUUAUAAGUUAAAAGUGAAUGAAGAUAUUUGUAAUACAGAUUUAUACAUGUUUGAAUACUUUUUUUUUUUCAAGAGUUUCUUUUGAAGGUGAUCAUUGCUGCUGUUGAUGAUUGUCAAGUCUUAGUUUGUAAUAUAUAUACACGAGUUUUCUUGAAUAACAUUAUGUUUUUGUCGUUUGA